CUCUUUGAGACAAGUGAAGAAGAAGAUUAGUUAGCAGCAGCAGCUAACUUCCCCUCUCUCUCUCACUGCCAAAAACUGAACCCUAAAAAAAACCAUGAAAUCAGCUCAGGAGGAGAACAUUGUGUUCAUUUCCGGAGGUACAUCGAAGAAGAGACGAGCAGUUACGUCAGAUCAGUGUACGCAAGUCCCGGCGUCGUCGAAGAAACGAGCCGCUCUGGGAGAGAUAACAAACUGCUUACCGACGGUGAAAUCAGUCAAUGUAGUUGUUGAGAAAGCCAAGAACAAGAUCGUAUUGAAGAAGCGGAAAGUGAAGGAUGAGAAAAGGAAAUUAGAAGAGGAAAUUGAAGCUGUUUACGCGACUGAUAUCGAUAAAUAUGUUCAUUUCAUGGAGGCUGAAGAUAAGAGAAGGCCAAUGUAUGAUUAUAUGGAGAGAAUUCAAGAAGAUAUAACAAUUCAAAUGCGAGCGAUUUUGGUAGAUAGGUUGGUGAAAAUAGCGCAAGUAUAUGAAUUUGUGGAAGAUACACUUUAUCUUACUGUCUCUUACAUUGAUAGAUUUCUUUCUUUGAAAUCUGUUCAUCGACAAAGACUUGAAUUACUUGGUCUUUCGUGUAUGUUUGUCGCGGCGAAGUACGAGGAAAUUGAUCAUCCUAGUAUGGAAGAGUUUAGUUGUAUAACGAAUAAUGCUGGUAUUACUAAGGAUGAAAUGUUGAAGAUGGAAAGGGAAAUACUUAGAUUGUUGAAUUUUGAAAUGGGGAAUCCUACAAUUAAGACAUUUUUGAGGAGAUUGAUUACUCGGGUUUCGGUGCAAGAGGAGGAAUGUGUAUUUGCUGUGAAUUUGAAGUUGAAGUUCUUGGGUUAUUAUCUUGCAGAAUUGAGUUUACUGGAUUAUGGUUGUAUCAAGUUCUUGCCGUCUAUGGUCGCCGCUUCGGUUGUUUUUCUUUCGAAAUUCACAAUGCAACCUAAGAUCCAUCCUUGGAAUUCAGCUCUGCAAACUUAUUCCGGCUAUGGCUCAUUUGAUCUCAAGGAUUGUGUUUUAGCUAUUCAUGAGUUGCAGUUGAAUAAGAAAUGGGGAUCUUUGGUUGCAGUAAGGGAUAAGUAUAAACAACACAAGUUCAAGUGUGUUGCAUUGUUGAUUUCUCCCUCAGAAAUCCCAUCGACUUACUUUGAAGAUGUCAUUCUUUGAGACUGAUUAUGGGUAAUUGCCCUAAUGUUGUAACAGUAGUCUAAUGUAGAGCUGAAAUUUUCAGUUGUACUAUUCAUCUUAACUUGUAAUUGAAUUUGAUGUGCAUUGA